GAUAUGCUCAACAAUAUCGUUGCUAAAGUUAUAUUGUAGCAUUCAACAUAAUAGCAUUAUUGGACUACAUUAAUAACAUUAUUGGUCUUUCAAACUAUAUAACACUACAAGAUCGAUAUGGAAAAGUCUGCAGAAGACAGUUUAUAUCAGGCUGUCCUAGUCGAAGACGAGGACACUAUUUCUCAGUUAUUAUCACAAGGUGCUAACCCAAACAGAACUUGUAAAUGUGGUAAAACAUGCCUCGGUGAAGCAGCUAAGAUAGGCAACAUUACUCUUGUAAAGUUGCUCAUAGAAUAUAGUAAAACCACCAGUAUGAGCAAAAUAACAAGUACAAGAAAGAGGCAAGUGAAGUCGCAUAAAAGAAAACUCAGGCAUGAUAGUCAACAAAAUGAAACCGUAGUCAAAUGCAAAAAUCUUAGUGAUAGGAUGUUCAAAGACUAUUAUGCGGAAAGCAUUGCUUCAACCACUACAGGAAGUAUGGACAAGAACCAAGGUUACUUUGUAUUUAUACAUAGUGAAGGGUCCAGUAGUGAUGAAGGCAAGUUACCUGGUUUAAAGAGUCCACUGAGUCCCCCUUCUUUGACUAUGUCUCCACAGGCUGAUUUGGAAUGGGAUGAGGAAAUAGGAAAUGUUGCACCCACCACUAGCGAAGAUGAGACUUGGUCUUCAAUGUACAAGUGGUAUGCAGCAAUUUUAGAAAGUACUGGGGCAGCUAUUGCAGCUGCAUCAGCAGUUACCAACGGCAUUGACCAACAAGACACAUUUAUGAGGACUGCGUUGCAUUAUGCUGCAGAACAAGGACAUGCUGGAGUUGUCAAGUUAUUAUUAGAUGCUGGGUGCAAACUUGAUAUAACAGCUAGUGAUGGUCUCACUCCCUUACAUGUGGCAGUGAUUAGAAAUCACGCAGAAAUAGUUAAAAUGUUAAUUCUUGCGGGUAGUCACGUCAACUAUAAAACUCAUGAAAAAAUGACCCCAUUACACUUUGCAGCAUCAAGAGGAUUUAUAGAUUUGGUGCAAAUUCUAGUCAACCAUGGCUCAUAUUUAGAAGCAAGGGAUACAAAUGAGCGAACUGCCUUAUAUUUAGCUUCAGGGAGGGGUCAUAUAGAAGUUGUAAACUAUCUUAUUUCAUCUGGAGCCAAUGUUAAUGGUGAAGAAAUACAUGGAUACACACCAUUGUGCGAGGCAGUGUGGCAAAGAUAUGCAGACGUUGUUAAAGUGUUGUUAGCUUCUGGCGCUAGAAUAACGCAUUCACAUAAACUUUUACACAAUGCUAUCAUACAACGCCAGGUGGAGAUAGCGAACAUGCUAGCAAACUUUGGAGGUGGAAUAAAUUUGCAUAACGACAAUGGUGAUACUCCCCUUUUGUUAGCGGCCAGGCUGUCACAACCUGCAGUUGUUAGACUUUUACUUGAAAAGGGUGCUAAUGUCAAUGCAUGCAAUAGUAUAACGGGUGCAAGUGCCCUUCACGUCGCAGUAGAGAGUAUAGACUGUCCAGAGGAAUUUGAAGAACUACUGAAGUAUUUAUUAGAAUAUAACAUUGAUAUGAAUUCCACUGCAUUGACUGGAGACACCCCUUUGAAUAGGGCUUUGUUGUUGGCCAAAGACCGUGCAGCGAUGUAUCUCAUACGUUACGGAGCGGACGUAAAUGCCAGUGACCUCAAUUCCUGCGGAUUGGAUAACUUGUCAAUCGCAUGUCGGCGGCGCACUUUUGCGUUAGUUAGAAUGUUGUGGAAAGCUGGUCAUAAUAUUGUAAAACCAGAUAUAACAGUUCCUACUACCCCCUGUUGGGCAAAUUGGCUUUCAUAUGCUACCAAGCAUCCUCUUAGUCUCUCUGAUCUCUGUAGAAUAAAAAUUAGAUCACUGAAUAGAACUAAGAACUUGCUCUUCUAUAUAGAAUCAUUGCCUUUACCAAAGAGCUUAAGAAGAUUCCUAAUGAUGGAAGAUGAAUCAAUAUAAAUUUAAAUCAAUUCAAUAUUAAAUAGGUCCUUAAUGGAUUGUUUGGUUUUCGAUACUAAAUUUAACCCUAAUUAUUAAAAAUAAGCCGAAAGGUGUAGCAGGUAGAUAAAUAAGAAUAAUGUUAAAAACGUUUAUUAGUAAAUAAAUACAUCCAUAGUACAAAGUUGUACAGUGAAAAAUAUAAAAUAUUUCCUGAUAAG